UCCCAGGACAGAAACCCGGGACAGAAUCUGGGGACGGAACUGCCGGGACGGAAUCCCCGGGACAGAAUUCCAGGACAGAAUUCCCAGGACCGGCGGCACCGGAGAGGCAGAUGGAGGUGGGGGCGUGUAUAUGCAAAUAAGGAGGCGUGGCCCCACACACUUCCCUCCCAUUGCUCUAUGGGCGUGGCCAUCUCAGGCAGGGGCGGGGUUUUUCCCCUUGGGGGCGUGGCCUUUGGGGGCAUUGGGCUGCGGGGGCGCGCUCGGUGGGCGUGUCCUUUCUGUGGGCGUGUCCUUUCUGUGGGCGUGUCCCCCCGCUGUGGGCGUGUCCGGGGGCGUGUCCCGGUGCCGGGGGUCCAUGGCGUGGUCCCGGUACCAGCUGGGCCUGGCCGCGCUCAUGCUGCUCACCGGCUCCAUCAACACCCUGGCGGCCAAGUGGGCCGACAACUUCAGCGCUCCGGGCUGCGAUGGCACGGCGGAGCACAAAUUCCAGCACCCCUUCCUGCAGGCCGCCGGGAUGUUCCUGGGGGAGCUUUCCUGCCUCCCGGUGUUCUACCUGCUGCUCCUGCGGGAUCGGCGCCGCGCGGAUCCGGAUCCGGCCCCGGCGCCAUCCCGACCCUUCAACCCGCUGCUCUUCCUGCCCCCUGCCCUGUGCGACAUGGCGGGCACCAGCAUCAUGUACGUGGCGUUGAACAUGACCAGCGCCUCCAGCUUCCAGAUGCUCCGGGGCUCCCUCAUCAUCUUCACCGGGCUCCUCUCCGUGGCGUUCCUGGGCCGGAGGCUGGAGUGGAGCCACUGGUCGGGAAUUCUGCUCACCAUCCUGGGGCUGGUGCUGGUGGGGCUGGCGGAUCUGCGCGGCAACGGCGGCACCGAGCACGGGCUGGCCGACGUCAUCACGGGUGACCUCCUGAUCCUGCUGGCCCAAGGCAUCGUGUCCAUCCAGAUGGUGCUGGAGGAGAAAUUCAUCUUCAGCCACGACGUCCACCCGCUGCGCGCCGUGGGCACCGAAGGUCUUUUCGGCUUCUCCAUCCUGGCGCUGCUGCUGGUGCCGCUGUCCUUCAUCCCGGCGGGCCGGCUCUCCGGGAAUCCUCGCGGCGCGCUGGAGGAUCCGGCGGACGCCUGGUGCCAGAUCCGCCGGGAUCCCCUGAUCCUGGCGGCGCUCCUGGGCAACGUGGGGAGCAUCUCCUUCUUCAACUUCGCGGGGAUCAGCGUGACGCGGGAGCUGAGCGCGACCACGCGCACCGUGCUGGACAGCCUGCGCACGCUGCUGGUCUGGGCGCUCAGCCUGGCGCUGCGCUGGGAGCGCUUCCACCCCCUCCAAAUCCCGGGAUUCGCCCUGCUCCUGGCCGGGGCCGCGCUCUACAACGGCCUGCACCGCGCCCUGCGGAGCGCCGGGAAUAACGGGGACGGCGGGAAUAACGGGGAGAGGGAAGCGCUGCUGGGAGGGGAUGGGGACAGUGACAACAGCCAGGGGUGAGCGGGUGUUCAUUGGGAUCGGCGUUCCGGGGAGCGGGAUUGGGAAUUGUCCCCGUGGGGAAUGUCAGAGAGGGGUGGAGAGGCUGUGCCGGCUCUUCCCGGUGGGAUACGGACCCACGGUCGGCUCUGCCGGAGCUUCUGCCCCAUUCCCAGGGGAUUGGGAUUGGAUUGGGAUUGGGAUUGGAUUGGGACUGUGGCCACAGCCAGCUCUCCUGGAGCUUCUGCCCCAUUCCCAGGGGAUUGGGAUUGAGAUGGGAUUGGGAUUGGGGCCACAGCCAGCUUUCCUGGAGCUUCUGCCCCAUUCCCAGGGGAUUGGGAUUGAGAUUGAGAAGGGAUUGGAUAGGGAUUGGGACUGUGGCCACAGCCAGCUCUCCUGGAGCUUCUGCCCCAUUCCCAGGGGAUUGGGAUUGAGAUGGAAUUGGAUUGGGAUUGGGGCCACAGCCAGCUCUCCUGGAGCUUCUGCCCCAUUCCCAGGGGAUUGGGAUUGAGAUGGGAUUGGAUUGGGAUUGGGAUUGCAACUGGGGCCAGAGCCAGCUCUCCCAGAGCCUCUGCCUCACUCCCAGGGGAUUGGGAUUGGGAUUGGGGUUGAGGUGGGUUUGAGGCUGGAUCCACUCCCUUCCCAACCCAUGUUCCCAAUAAAGCCCCUCUGCCCAUUCCACGGGGAUCUCUGGGGGGUUCCUGCAGAAAUCAGGGAAUUAUCAGGGAUGGUGAAGGACAGGGAGUGUCCCCAAGAGUGUCCCAGCAGGAUUUGCCCUCAGGAAUGUUCCCAGGGAUUUGGAUUGGGAAUUGUCCCUGCAGGGAAUGUCAGAGAGGGGUGGAGAGGCUGUGCCGGCUCUUCCCAGUGGGAUACAGACCCACGGCCAGCUUUCCUGGAGCUUCUGCCCCAUUCCCAGGGGAUUGGGAUUGAGAUGGAGUUGGAAUUGGAUUGGGAUUGGGAGUGGGGCCACAGCCAGCUUUCCUGGAGCUUCUGCCCCAUUCCCAGGGGAUUGGGAUUGAGAUGGAAUUGGAUUGGAUUGGGAUUGGGGCCACAGCCAGCUCUCCUGGAGCUUCUGCCCCAUUCCCAGAGGAUUGGGAUUGAGAUAGGAUUGGGAUUGAGGCCACAGCCAGCUCUCCUGGAGCUUCUGCCCCAUUCCCAGGGGAUUGGGAUUGAGAUGGAAUUGGGAUUGGGAUGAGUUUGGGGCUGGAUCCACCCCCUCCCCACGCAUGUUCCUAAUAAAAACCUUCUGCCUCUGGCUA